GAAGGCGCCUCGAGUUACAGCAACCUCCAGCUCAUCGAGUCCCUGCGACUCCUCUUCGAGCAAGCCAAGACCAGCCAAAUCCUCCGGCAGACCCUGGUAGGCGCACAACUGUACGGCCCACGUUUUGGCAUCGAGGAGCCACACUUGAUCAUCACCUCUGACAGUUUGACGCAGUACACGGACCCGGAAACUGGCUUUGAAGCGCAUCUGACGAACUGGACCAACGAUGUCUAUGACUAUUUCUUCGACGAGGAAGCUGGUCUUCUACGGGAGCUUUCCACCAAAAGGUUGAAUGAAGAGCUGUUUCAGAUCGCCCACAUCGAUGCCCAACUGCAGUGGUUGCAGACCUGUGCCGACCAGCCGGAGCUCCUGGCAAAGAUUAGCAUCGACAAGAUCGUGGAGGGCUUCUUGACCCUGGGCGAAGACGGCUCUGUCCACAACAUCGUCGGCAUCAACGCACCGAAGUGGCCCAACUAUGAGGUCAGCUCAGCGAAGCAGGCGAUCGGCCUUCUUCAGUUGGCACCCAAACCAAUCCGUCACUUUCUGUACCAUGGCACGUUUGCUUGGAGCUGGUGGGCGUGCUGGUUUUCGGAGCUCGCGACGCUGCAGGGCGAAACCGAGCUAGCUGAG